ACAGGUCUACAAGACAAAGUCAUAGAAGUGCAGGUUCAUAAUAAAUAUACAAAUACUGAACAUUGUGACCGUCUGAUCACCACCGAUUUAAGGGAACCUGUUCAGUGUCCCAAUACUUAUGGAGUCAAACCACAGGAGGAGCAGAAGCUCAUUUAUUCUGGAAGCUCAGGGUACGUUGUGUCUCCUCUGAUGCUUCCUGAAAAAGAAUCACAAAGUGCUACCUCUGAUAUUUCUGUAGACACUUGGGAAACACGUUCAGGUCCAUUUGACGCUUCCGUAGUUGGUUCCUCGUCGGCCUCCUCGGAUAAAAGCACACAAGGUUCUAGAACAUCACUGCAUGAUUCUGGCCACGAUUCAGAUCCAAACAAUAACCUGAAGCAUUGUGCUUUUGAAUCAUCUAGCACGUCAUUUAGUUUACCAGAAGAGCUGGAACACCAUGAUGGGAAGCGACCGUCCUCAGAGAGCCCGAGCGAUAAUUCUGGUUCUUUGAACAUCAUGACAAAUGUACUAACCAACACUUCCAGCCUCAUGGAGCUUUCUGAACCAGAGAACAAAGGGGUCACUGUUAGUCUAGGUAACAUAGAGGACUGUAGGCACCAUGAAGGUCCAUCUGAAACAGAGAUCUUUGACGUCAUUGUUGAGAAUCUAGGGGACAUGAGCACCAUGAACGAAGUCGCUGCAGAGAUGCUCUGUGUUUUAAAAACUCAACCUAAAUAUCACGAGAACCUUGAGGAGGAAACCUGUAGAGAUUCUGAAAAGGAUCCCACAUCUUUAGACUUUGAGGACACGGUUGAGGGAUUCCUCAGUAACAGUUCCAACCUGCCUCAUAACAGUUACAUUCCAGGAUCUCCUCAAGCUCUGGAUGAAAAUGCAUCAGUCAGAGAGGUUAGGAUCAUUGCAGAUAGACCAGAAUCUUUGACCAUUACCACUUGGCUCACAAACGGGAGUGAGAACGUCGACAGUGUUCCCAGUUCUGCAUCGUCAGAUUUGGAUUUAAUCAGCACAAACAGUGAAGAAGCAGAAGAUCUCAAUCCUAGCCUGAGAGAAAACACAUUCAGCACUGACGGGGUAAUGAAGGACAAGGACACCAGGAGCAUGUCUGCAGGAAAAAGCUCAAGGUUCUCGGUGUUCUCAAGGAUGCCUUCAUUACGCAGGAGCAAACGAGAGGGUAAGACUGGCAGCAAGGCUGAAUCUGAUGCCAAAGCUUUUCCUGAGGAUGAAGAGGAGAAGAAGGAGGAAGUGAUUUACAACACACAUAAUCAGAUGUCCCGGAGUACCGACCAGCUAACAAACUGUGAAGAUCCCUCGUCUGAUAAAGUAUUUGAGAACCUCACCUCAUCUGGACAAUCCAAACCCUUGUGGAACACCAGUGAUGCACAACAACCUGACAACCAAGUACAUUUUGAGUCCCCAUAUAGAACAGACGCCACAAAGAGAGGCAAAAGCAACGAGAACUUGUGGAUGAAGUUCACCAUGGCUCAGAGGUCACUGUCAAACUUGUUUGAGAACCGGUCCAAAGAGAACCAGCCACAGGAACCCAACACCGUUCAUGUUCACACCAAGACCAGGCAGUCCUGGAGGAAGAGAAAGAUGUCCAAAGAGGCUGAGAUGCUUAAACGAGCUCUUUCACUUCCUGGACCAGAUCCUGCCAUACCUACUCAAGUCCAGACUGACUUUGAGGUCUGCUUAGCUCAGGAUGGACUGGAUGAGCAAGGAUUCCCGAGCUUCUCAUCGCUGUCUGGUUCAGUUAGCAAAACACCGUCGCCCCAAGACUCGCCAGAGUUUAAACCUGCCAUGGACUCAGAUGAACCGAGAUGUGGAAACGUCCACCAGUCCUCCGUUCACUCAAGUGAUUUUGAUCUCGCCGGUCAGGAACCUUCAUCCUGGAGAAGAUCUCUCAGUACUUUUGAAGGUCUUGACACACCGGUGAAGCCGAUGACUCCCAAACCUCAAGGUCACCCGCUUUGGAGCCACCGUGGCAGCUUCCGUUACCCCUCAAAGCUUGCUGCUUCCUCUCUCUGUUCACUCGGUCAGGAUCAGAGUGCUGAAGGUCUGUCGGACCACCAGCCAUGGAGACAAUCCUUCAGACCAAGAGCAGGACAGUUCACGUUCGCUCAGUCCUUCGAUUCUGAGUAUCUGUUCCAAGACGGCAACCCGGAUCUUCAGUCCCAGACCAGCCUGGCCAGCAGCAACUCGGGGAACGAGUCUGAGUUCUCACACGAUGGCACCAGAGCUUCCACCCCGUCCACGGCCUGCGUCCGCGUCAGAAGAAGAGACCGGCGCGUGUCCAGACCCCGACCCGUCUCAGAUCUCUGUAGCUGGACCACGCCUCUGCAGGAGAUCUUAGAAACGGUGGGCGACUCGGUCCGGGAGAGAAACGAUGAAGAAGGAAAAACCAAAACGCGGAGGCUGUCCUGCUCAGAGGAGGUUCUCACAGAGACGGCCAAGGUCCAGCAGAGUCACCAGGUCCAGAGGAUGAAGUCGAACCUUCUGAGGAGCUUCAGUCAGCCCAGCGCUUCAGAUUCUGAGGAACGUCAGCAAGAUCGGGUGAGAUUGUCCUUCACGUCUCAGCAGCAGUUCUCCACCACGUCUCUGAAAGACCACGUCUUCUCUCGGAGCACGCCGACCGGUCUGGACUGUCUGGACUGGCCUCGCCGGGUCUCCUUCUCAGAGUCGUGUCUGAUCCAGGCGUCGGAGGAAACAUGCCGUCCGAGCGCCGCGUUCACGUUGGUGAUUGCUGAUGGGCAGGAUAAAUCGGGACUCGGGGACGACGGCGGGAGUGAAGACGAGCUGUACAACGAUUUCCACCUCUCAGCUAAUCGAUUAGGAGGUGGCGAACAGCUCGCCAUCAACGAGCUGAUCAGCGAUGGCAGUGUGUGUGCCGAGGCGCUGUGGGAUAACGUCACCAUGGACGACCAGGAGCUGGUAUUCAAGGCCGGAGACGUCAUCGAGGUGGUGGACGCCACCAACAAGGAGUGGUGGUGGGGACGAGUGCAGGAGAGCGAGGGGUGGUUCCCCGCCAGCUUCGUCCGGCUGCGUGUGAAUCAGGACGAGCCGAUGGAGGACGAUGCCACCCAGGGGGCGCCGCAGAGCGCGGGUGCUUGUGUGGAGGGUUCGGUGGGACCCGGUUUACCCUGUAAAGAGCAGAUGAGGGCCAACGUGAUCAACGAAAUCAUGAGCACCGAGAGGGAUUACAUCAAACACCUGAAGGACAUCUGUGAGGGUUACAUCAAGCAGUGUCGUAAACGCGUGGACAUGUUUAACGAGGAGCAGCUCCGAACCAUCUUCAGCAACAUCGACGAGCUCUAUCGCUUCCAGAAGAAGUUCCUCAAAGCUCUGGAGAAGAAACACAACCGAGAGCAGCCGCACCUGAGCGAGAUCGGAUCCUGCUUCCUGGAACACCAAACAGAAUUCCAGAUUUAUUCGGAAUAUUGUAACAAUCACCCGAACGCCUGCGUCCAGCUCUCCAGACUCAUGAAGGUGAAGAAGUACGUGUUUUUCUUCGAGGCCUGUCGCCUGCUGCAGAAGAUGAUCGACAUCUCUCUGGACGGUUUCCUCCUCACGCCCGUCCAGAAGAUCUGCAAGUACCCGCUCCAACUCGCCGAGCUUCUCAAAUACACCAACCCUCAGCACAGAGAUUAUAAGGAUGUGGAAGCAGCUCUGAAUGCGAUGAAGAACGUGGCGAGGCUGAUCAACGAGAGGAAACGACGGCUGGAGAACAUCGACAAAAUCGCACAGUGGCAAAGUUCCAUAGAGGACUGGGAGGGCGACGACGUUCUCAGUAGGAGCUCAGAGCUGAUCUUCUCAGGAGAUCUAACCAAGAUCUCUACGCCGCAGGGCAAAGGUCAACAGCGCAUGUUCUUCCUCUUCGAUCAUCAACUGGUCUUCUGCAAAAAGGAUCUGUUACGGAGAGACAUGCUGUACUAUAAGGGACGACUGGACAUGGACCAGAUGGAAGUUCUGGACGUGGAAGAUGGAAAAGACAAAGAUCUGAACGUCACGGUGAAGAACGGGCUGAAGUUCAUCUCACCAGACGGAGCCGAGGUUCAUCUACUGAGCGCCAAAAAGCCCGAGCUGAAGCAGCGCUGGCUCCGAGCCUUCAGCGAUGAGCGGCAGCAGGUCCGACACGACCGAGAAACUGGAUUUUCCAUCACUGAGGUGCAGAAGAAACAGGCCAUGCAGAACGUCUCCAAAAAUCCUCCAGCUGGAAAACCUAAAGCGGUGACGCGCCCUUACUACGAGCUGCUCCUGCACCAGAAGCCGUCGUCGCUGUCUCCGCAGGUCAUCAUGCUCGCCGAACCCAAGCGCAGACACUUCUGGCACAACAUCGGCCGCCUCACGCCCUUCAAAAAAUAAAACUGAGAGCUGAAGGACGGCAAAGACUCAGAGUCCAUUUACUGUCCUGCUUCAUUUCUACUACUGAUACUGAUUCUAACAAUAAUAAUAAUAACAAUAAUCAUCAUCAUUACUGCCGGCAUGUGCCAGCGCUCGGAUGUACCACAGUGUUCACCGUGCGGUCAUUAUUAUGACCAGGAUUCUCUGCUGGACGUUCAGGAGGAACCGGGUGACCUGUCCUGGACGUUUGAAAGGGAGCAUCGCAUGUGUCCUCCUCCUCCUCGUGCCUGGAUUAGUUUUGUUUAACGUGAAUGCACUUUACGGCUAGCUACCGAUCGCCACCGAGCGCUAACGGCUAACGUGACUACUGCGGCAAACUCAUCCCCACCUGAACUGAACUGAAGCUCUACUGUGUUUUUAUUUAUUUCUACACGUCCAUCACUGGCUUUUAUACAUCAUGAUGAUGAUGAUGAUGAUGAUGAUGAAGACAGGGUCACACACCUCGUUUACGCCGCUUCAUUUAUAAACACAGUUUUAUUUCUCUGAAAUGUAAAAGCUGUCGGUUUCUGUACAGUCGCGUCACUCGUCGUCUCUGUAUUUAUCAGCAUCGUUUGCUCGUUAACGUCCCAGUAACGAGUUCCUUCUUUGAUCCGCCACCGUGCAGGAUCCUUAAAAAAAAUGAUGUGAACGAACGUUUUCCAACCCGAGUAGAAUCUCUAAAAGCGCUAAUUAUGAAGAAAUAAAAAUAUCUGACAGUC